UCCCUUUUCGUUUUCUCUUUUCUAUGGUUUUUCGCCUUGCUUUACUGCCGGUCUGUUGGUCGUUUCGUUUGUGUUUUAACGCCAGCCUUCCGUCAUGUUGCUGUAGCAUUUCGAUGUUUUUUCCAACACAACCUUUUGAAGUGUUCAACUCCAACACGGUCACAGAUGGCAUUGGAGUGUCUCCUCGCGUUAUAUGCUUUGCGUGCGAAGCUCUUCCAAGUGGAUCGCCGGGACAGAUCCAGCCAGCACGUACACUUAUUCUAUACACCACAGACUUAAAUGGCAGGCACACUGGAUUGCUGCUGCCAGUCACGACCAGGCUCUCAGCGUCCAUGUCCCAGGCCCCGAGACGAGACAAAAUCUUCUCGUUAGAAAGAAAGAAGAACAGCGGCGGAUCAUGCAUCGCUUGUGCUCGAUGCGAGACUUCAUUGGGCUGUCGAGAGAAGAUCAAAAGCACGAAGGGGUGGAUCCUAUCCGGGCGAGAGUUUCGCGAUCCCGACGCAAUUAUAAACUUGGGAGACAUCCAACCAAGGGGUUUGCGAGCAUAACAAUGCUAGAAAAGAUGGCCUUGUCGCUCAUCUACCAGGCAUAUUACAGUUAAUACGCCACUAUGGGCUUAAUCAAAUAUAUCUCACAGUAAAAAGGACAACUA